AUGUCCACUCACACGUAUAAGAAGUUUGAAAAUUCGGAGGCUGGCGAGCUCCCAGAUAAGAUGACAAUCUAUCAGGAUUGUAUGAGCGAGUUCAACGAAUCGCCCAUCAAUGCUAAGAGAUGUCGUCUUUUGAUCUCUCGCUUACUGAGGUUGUUGGCGCAGGGAGAGACAUUUCCUGAGAAUGAGGCCACUGCAUUGUUCUUUUCCAUAUCGAAGCUUUUCCAACACCAGAAUGAUUCGUUGAGACAGGCGGUCUACCUUGCUAUCAAGGAAUUGAGUGGCAUUUCGCAGGAUGUUUUAAUGGCAACCUCGUCGAUCAUGAAGGAUAUCCAAAAUGGCUCUGAUCUGGUCAAACCAAACGCCAUUAGAUCGCUGACCGCGGUCCUGGAUGAGUCUACAGCGUUCUCGGCGGAGAGGUUACUGAAAAGUGCUCUUGUGAAUAAACACCCUUCUAUCUCAUCUGCAGCGCUGUGCACGUCUUACAAUCUCUUACCAAUCGCUGAAGUGACCGUGAAGAGGUUCGCCAAUGAGACCCAAGAGGCAGUGGCUGAUCUGAAAUCUUUUCCGCACAGAAACCUGGUUGGCGACUAUUACCCAAACUCUACUUUUAUCAGUCAAUACCAUGCAUUGGGGCUUUUGUAUCAGCUAAAGAAGAAUGACAAAAUGGCUUUAUUGAAAUUGAUCAGGCAAUUUUCAAGCAAUAACGCUUUGAAGAACCAACUUGCUAAGAUUGAGCUGGUUAAAUUGGUCAGCGAGCUGGUCACCAGAGAUAACCAGUUGUUCUCAGAUUUCCAACCUCUUCUGAUGGAAUGGCUGUCAAACAAAUAUGAAUCCGUGCAAUUGGAGACCGCCAAAUUGGUUACUAAUUUUGCCGCUCAUCACUCUCGUCUGGUUUCUUCUGAACUGAUCGCUUCUGCCAUCACGACUUUGCAGUCAUUACUGACAGUUCCUCGUGUCUCUGCAAAGUUCGCUGCCCUGCGUAUCUUGAACAGGAUCUCUAUGGUUUCUCCAGAGAGAAUUGUUGUUUGUAAUCCUGAGUUGGAAUCCUUGAUUAAUGAUCCGAACAGAAACAUCUCGACCUACGCUAUUACGACUUUACUGAAGACAGGUACUGCAAAGAAUAUCGCGUCACUGAUCUCUACAAUUACCAAAUUCAUUCAUGACGUUUCGGACGACUUCAAGAUUAUCAUCAUCGAUGCUGUUCGCUCGUUAUCACUAAACUUCCCUAAUGAGUGGAAAACAGUGUUACAGUUUCUCAUUGAUGUGUUGAAAAACGGCGAAGGCGGAUUCAAGUUCAAGAACAACGUUGUUGAAGCACUUAUCGAUCUUGUCACGUUUAUUCCACAGGCGAAGGAGAUGGCUCUGGAGAAUUUGUGUGAUUUCAUCGAGGAUUGUGAGUUUAAUGAAAUAUUGGUGAGAAUUCUUCAUCUAUUAGGGAAGGAGGGUCCAUCGACUUCGAAUCCUUCACUGUAUGUGAGACAUAUUUACAACAGGGUCGUUCUAGAGAAUUCCAUUAUCAGAUCAGCCGCUGUGAUUGCAUUGUCUAAAUUUGCCUUGACCAAGAACGAUCCUUCACUGAGUGAUUCUAUUGUCAGCUUGCUGCGGAGAAUUGCUAAUGAUCCAGAUGACGAAGUUAGAGACAGAGCCACUAUUGCUUUGAAAUUCAUUGAAAGCGCUAAAAGGGACCAAGAUACUGAGUCUCGGAAAUUCAUUCUUUCGACAUAUUCGUUCGAUUUCGCAUCUUUGGAAUCGAAGCUAUCCUCAUACAUUUCCUCUAAUACCGACUCUUUCAAAACACCUUUCGAUGUGACCUCGGUGCGCAGAUUGUCUGACGGUGACAUUAAGGCCUUGGACUUAAAGAGGAAGCAAGGCAAAUUCUUGAAAGGUACUCUAGAAGGUAGCGCGGAAAGUACGCCAGGCAUUGCUGAAGAGGAGAUGCUCCCAGAAAGACUGGAUAACUCGUAUGUUGGCCCUAGCGUCGACGAGCAUGAACUGGACAUGUUGAGCACAAAAUAUGCUGAAGAGCUGAUGGCUAUUGACCAAGUCAAAGAUUUUGGUGCCUUGGUGAAUAGUUCGAAAAUUGUUCCCCUCACCGAGCCAGAAGCUGAAUUUGUUGUUCGCGGAGUUAAGCACCUAUUUAAGGACAACGUCGUUUUCCAAUUCAACAUCACAAACACACUUACAGACACAGCCCUCGAAGGGGUUUCCGUGACUUGCACACCAGAGCUCGAAGCCUCAAGCCUCCAGGAGCUAUUUACCAUUUCAAUUGAUCAAUUACUCCCAUCUGCGGAAGCUGCAUGUUACGUGGCGUUCAAGAAGACUGAGGAGAUUGUGAUGGAAAGCUUCUUAGCCAAUUUAAUGUUCACCACGAAGGAGAUCAAUCCAGAAACCAAUGAACCAUUUGCGGGCGAUGAGGGUUUCCAAGAUGAAUAUGAUAUUGACUCCAUUUCGCUGAACGCUGGUGAUUAUAUCAAGAGCUCUUAUGUUGGAGAUUUUGCGACCGCUUUUGAUGGCCUUCCAAACGAAGAGGUCGCAGUUUUCAACAUUAAGGAGAAUAUAUCGUUACAAGAACUGGUAGAUAGGCUGGUCGUGAACACCAGCUGCUUACCGCUGGAGGAUACACAAUAUGCACCAAGUGACUCUAACUCACAUACUGUGAAACUAUUCGGUAAAAGCGCAUUAAAGGGCUCGAAGGUAGCGCUCAUCAUUAGGCUAAUCAAGACUUCCAAGGGUAUCGCCAUGAAGGCGCAAGGAAGGGCUGAAGACGCCGUGCUAUGUUCGGAUCUUGUCAAUGGACUGAUGUAG